AUGAUUUCAUCUCAAUCUGCUUUCGCAGCAGGCCUCGCCGGCACUCCACCAUCUGCCCUGACCACUCGGAGCAAUGGCACGCGAGCAUAUACCACUGCCAGGAACACCACCACCUUUACGAGGCCGCCCAAUAAUACAGUAUUUCUCUCAAUCCGACGAUACCAGAGUCGGUUCUCUCAGGCAAGGCCACCUUCUCCGGCGGAUCUCGGGAAGCCAUCUCAAGCGAAACAAUACCGCCGCACCCGAAAAUGGCUUCGAAGGCUCAUACGCACCGCUGUGGUGCUUGGGAUUGCCUACGUUAUCGACACCCAGUUCUACCAUUCAUGCCUUACACGUUCGGCGCGAACUUUCUACAACGGCCUAGUGGUAGCACUCGACUAUAAAUUCAACUUCAGACCGGAUCCAUGGUAUGGAGACAGUGUGGCAGAUCUACAUCACCGAAGUGCACAGCGUGUCUUUGAUCUGCUGCGCAAUAAUGGAGGCCUAUAUCUGAAAAUUGGUCAAGCCAUUGCCAUGCAGAGUGCUAUUCUUCCGCCCGAGUUCCAGAAGAUGUUCGCUCGAAUGUUCGACGAUGCGCCGCAGAACGACUGGAAAGACGUUGAACAGGUCAUCAAAGAAGACUUUGGUGGUAAAAGUGUUGAAGAUGUCUUCGGUGUCAGCUUCGAUGGAGAUGCAAGUAAAGGCGUCAUGGAGCGGACAGCAAGAGCCAGCGCAAGUGUUGCUCAAGUACAUUGGGCACGACUUGGAGAUGGGCGAGAAGUAGCUAUAAAGGUCCAGAAGCGCGAGAUUGCCAGUCAGAUUGGAUGGGAUCUAUGGGCGUUCCGCGUGGUGUCAAGGAUCUAUUCAUACUGGUUCGAUCUACCCCUCUACCAUUUGGUGCCCUAUGUCUGCGAUCGGCUGCUCGCCGAGUGCGAUUUCCGCCUGGAGGCCGAUAAUGGACGUCAAAUGCGGAAACUCAUUCAAGGAGAGCCUCGGCUGCGAAAUCGCGUAUACAUCCCCGACGUCUAUCCGGAGCUUAGUGGCAAACGUGUCAUGACAGCAGAAUGGAUAGAAGGUACUCGGUUGUGGGACAAGGAAGGAAUCGAGAACACCUGGUAUGGCGGCUGGAGAAAGGGCUCUCCAGGCGCUGGCAACACGCCUCUUGGAACUGUCACCAACAACAUCAAGUCCUCUGUGCCAUCGAACAACCCCAACGCUGAGAUCCUCAAGCCAAAGCGGGAUGAGUGGCGAGGACCAUCUGGGAAAGGCGGCCUUGGGCUCUCACUGAAGCCUGUGAUGCAAACCAUGGUCGACCUCUUCAGCGCACAAAUGUUUCUCUGGGGCCUAGUCCACUGCGACCCACAUCCAGGAAACAUAUUCGUCCGCCGUCUGCCAAACGGCAAGCCCGAGCUGGUCCUCAUCGAUCACGGGCUUUACAUCAAAAUGUCACCCAAGUUCAGAAAAGAGUAUGCACUGUUUUGGCGAAGUCUGAUGACCUUUGACAAUGCAACGAUAGCAAGAAUCACCAAAGACGAGUGGGGUAUCAAUGCACCUGACAUUUUUGCCUCAGCAACAUUGAUGAGACCAUACGAAGGUGGCGACAACAAAGUCAUGAACGAGCUUCGCAAUUUGUCCAAAAAGGAGCAACGAGAACGGCAAUUCGAGAUGCAACAGCACAUGCGGAAAGGCAUUCGUGACAUUCUGGCCAACCAGGACAAGUUCCCUCAAGAACUCAUCUUCAUCGGCAGGAACUUGCGGAUUGUGCAAGGCAACAACCAAUUCCUCGGCUCGCCCGUCAAUCGAGUCAAAAUCACUGGAUACUGGGCGUCAAGAGCAUUAUCUGAGGAUAGAGAUGCUACAGUUGGGCAGAGAUGGAAGGAGUAUGGUCGGCAUUUACUCUUCCGAUUUGUACUUUUUGGCACAGAUAUUUGGUUCUAUUAUGCCAAGCUGAAACAAGUUCUUGGUAUUGGCAAGGGCAUGGAUGAUGAUAUUGAAGAGAGCAUGAAGAAGAUGGCUGAAGGCAUGGGCGUAGAACUCCAGCAUGGCGUUUUCGAUGGAUAGAU